AUGGAGUCAGUACAACCGCCAGAUGGCCAGAUGCUUGAUCCUAUGUCGUCGUCUUCGAUUCGCCCUCCACCGAUUCCGUCCAUGAUGUCGGAAUACACACUCCCCAUAUCGGUGGACCCUGUGUCCCUGGUGACAACAGAAUGUAUCACCGUCACAUCAGCCAUGCGAAAACAUGCCCGCUGGGCUCACUCCUCCGUGGCUGCCAUUCUGGGCGGCAGCGGCUCAACCAAAGGAAGCGACCGCGACAUCACAGCCUCUCCCAUCUCGAGUUCGAGGAAUAGUGUCUCGGGAAAUAAAAACGGCUCUUCGGAUAAGUUACAACUAGCAGAUGGGGAUUUUGCUUUGGCCAAUCGAUGGGGGUUGAGGGGUAAGAAAGGGAAGAGCAUCCAAGACAACCCUUUGAUAUCCGCCUUCACUCGGUUGCGGAGUGAUUUGAAGUCGUGCAGAGAUAUCAGGACGUUUGAUGCUCCAGCAUUGCUACAUCCAUUCCUACAGGUUAUUCGAUCUUCGUCUACAUCCGCGCCGAUUACCUCCUUGGCUCUGGUCGCUGUCACCAAAUUUCUCGCUUACGACAUCAUCAACCGUCACUCUCCUCGUAUUUCCGUGGCAAUGCAACUCCUGUCGGCCGCAAUUACACAUUGUCGCUUUGAGGCCAGCGAUACUGUUGCCGACGAAGUCGUUCUGUUGAGAAUACUGAAGCUGAUGGAAGGAAUGCUGUCACGACCGGAAGGCGAGCUUCUUGGAGAUGAGAGCGUCUGUGAAAUGAUGGAAACAGGAUUGAGCAUGUGCUGCCAGAACCGUCUAUCAGAAUUGCUCCGCCGGUCAGCCGAAAUGUCCAUGAUCAAUAUGUGCCAGGUGAUAUUUGUUCGGUUAUCCACAAUCGAUAUGGAGGAGGGUCGCGACGAUACACAAAAUCAGCAGCAGCAGAUUGAGGAUGACUUGGCCAACCUAAAAAUGGAUCCUGCUGUCAAUGGAGACACUGUCAUUCCUCAGCAUCCGUCGACAAUGGGGUCCGACACUAUAGCGGCUGAGAAGGAAGAGAAGGAACCCACAAGUGGUGAGGAACCCAAACUUAUGGCAAACGGCGAUGGACCGACAGCGUCGGCAACUGAAAAUGAGGAGUCAGAAGCAGCCGAAGUACGACCUUACGGCAUUCUCUCAAUUCGGGAACUAUUCCGUGUCUUAAUUGAUCUCUUAGAUCCACAUAAUUCACAACAUACUGAUACCAUGCGGGUCAUGGCAUUACGAAUAAUCGACGUCGCACUCGAGGUCUCCGGUCCCUCGGUUGCCCGUCAUCCUACCCUUGCAGUUCUUGCCGAAGAUGAUCUAUGUCGCCAUCUCUUUCAGUUGGUACGUUCAGAAAACAUGGCAAUCCUGAAUGCUUCACUCAGAGUGGCUGGAACGCUGCUCUCAACUUGCCGUUCAGUCUUGAAACUGCAACAAGAACUUUAUCUGUCAUACCUCGUUGCCUGUCUUCAUCCUCGAGUUGAUAUUCCAAGGGAACCCGGCAUCAACCCAUCGUUAUACGAGGGCGUUCCGCAGGCGCCAAAACUUGUCAAACCCUCCCCAUCACAACCUGGCGGUGGCCGCGAGACACCCGUUCCCGUACAAGAUAGGCAGAAACUGGGUUUAGAGGGCGGUUCUAGGAAGCCGGAAGCUCGAGAGGCUAUGGUUGAGAGCAUUGGCGUCUUGGCUCGUAUGCCAGGUUUCAUGGUGGAGCUAUUUGUCAAUUAUGACAGUGAGGUAGACCGGGCAGAUCUUUGUGAAGACAUGGUGGGAUUGCUUUCCCGAAGCGCGUUCCCGGACUCGGCUACCUGGAGCACAACGAAUGUGCCGCCUCUUUGCCUCGAUUCCCUUCUAGGUUAUAUACAAUUCAUCGCCGAUAGGCUUGAUGACGAACCUCGACAUGAAGGUUAUCCAGAUCCGGAGAAACUCAAAAGUCAACGACAGAGAAAGAAAAUCAUCGUACAAGGCGCCACCAAGUUCAACGAAGACCCUAAAGCUGGAGUUGCGUAUCUUGCUUCACAGGGUAUCAUUGAAAAUCCCGACGAUCCUGAGCUUGUUGCUCGCUUCUUGAAGGGCACUACCCGUGUUUCAAAGAAGAUUCUCGGUGAAUUCAUUGCGAAGAAACAAAAUGAAAAAUUACUUGCAGCCUUCAUAAACUUGUUUGACUUUGCUGGCAAGAGUGUCAUUGAGGCUCUUCGUGAACUUCUUGGCUCAUUUCGACUGCCCGGUGAAUCACCAUUGAUUGAAAGGAUAGUGACAUUCUUUUCUGAAAUAUACAUGGCAAAAGCACAGCCUGAGGGAAUUGCAGAUAAGGACGCUCUGUUUGUUUUGAUAUACGGCAUCAUUAUGCUGAAUACUAAUUUAUACAACCCAAACGUCAAGAAUGCAGACCGAAUGACUUGCGUGGAUUUUGCAAGGAAUCUCAGAGGAGUCAAUGGUGGCAAAGAUUUUGACCAGGAUGAGUUACAAAGCAUCUAUGAUUCUAUCAAGCAGAACGAGAUUAUUCUUCCAGACGAACAUGAGAACAAACAUGCUUUCGAUUUUGCUUGGCGGGAGAUGUUGAUGAAGACUCCAGCUGCCGGAGACUUCGUAAUCUGCGACACUAACAUUUACGAUGCUGAGAUGUUCUCUGCCACCUGGCGACCUAUCGUUGCCACACUUUCGUACGUCUUCAUGUCCGCAUCCGAUGAUGCUGUAUUUUCAAGAGUGGUCCAAGGUUUCGACCAAUGCGCCCAGAUUGCAGCCAAAUAUGGCCUGACAGAAGCUCUUGACCGAAUCAUUUAUUGCCUAGCCUCAAUUAGCACUCUUGCGACGGAAACCCCUCCAAGCACCUCUCUCAAUACCGAGGUUCAGGUAGUCAAGAAAACAGUCAUGGUCAGCGAGCUGGCCGUCAAGUUCGGCCGAGACUUCAGAGCUCAAUUGGCAACUGUGGUACUAUUCAGAGUCUUGACUGGAAACGAAGCUACUGUCGGGCAAAGUUGGAAAUACGUCAUUCGGAUCCUACACAAUCUAUUCAUUAAUGCGCUCAUUCCACCAUUCGCCGACAGUCUUGUCUCCAAUUUUGGUAUAACACCAAUCCCACUUCAGCCUCCGUCACAGGUCGUCGAACGUGAAUCCCAAAGAGAGACCGGUCUACUCUCGGCCUUUACUUCGUACCUGUCAAGUUACGCUGCAGACGAUCCUCCAGAACCAUCAGAUGAAGAGCUUGAUAAUACUCUUUGCACGAUCGACUGUAUAGACGCCUGUAAUAUCAGCGACAUGCUGAAUAAUCUCAAAUCACUCCCUCAAUCCUCAUUAUCCAACCUUGUUGAUGCUUUGCUACUCGAACUCCCAGAAGAGAAUGCCUCUGCUGUUAUUGUGGUCAAGACCGAGCGCCCAUCAUCCGCUGGACCACGACCCUCUAGUACCAAGAGCGAUUUGACAUCGCCUGGUUACAAUCCUGGUAUGCUGUAUACCUUAGAGUUAGCCACUGUUCUAGCUAUCCGGGAUGCGGAGACCAUAGAAGCCGUUGGCGAAAAUCUAGCUGGUUCAUUACAAGGUAUUGUCCGGGAUGCAAGGAAUGUCCAUCCCCUUAUAGUCUCUCGAGUCUUAUAUUACUUACUUAAUCUACUCCGGUUGAGCUAUGAGCAACCAUUUAUACGGGUUCCAGUGAUCUUGCAUGCUAUUUCCAGCUUCGACCAAGACAUUCUAGAGAUGUCAGCAGCACCAGUGCUUAGUAGUUUGUCACGAUGCAUUGCCGAGUCGGAACCAUUGAGGAGGGAAAUAGUCAUAUCGCCUGAUUUUUGGUCCAUCUUACAACGCUUGCGCCCGCAAACUACGUCUGCUUCUAUUGUUUUCGAGAUACUCAAAGGCAUUGUCGAGAGUAGCCCUCCAGCAAUCUCAGCCGAUAACUACGAAUCAGCCGUUGCACUUGCGAAUGAGUUUGCAAGUGCCGGAAGCAUAGGAGCUGCUGAAGAGCGUAGACGAGACGCCAAUGCGCGUCGAUCAAGAGGCGGCAAGCUUGAAAAGCCAACUAGUGAAAACGAUACGGUAUUAAGGGGUAUACAUGCGAUUGGUAUCAUCUAUCAAUUGACAAGUCGCACGCCUAGCUUGAUUCAACAAUCCCAUCUGGAGAGGAGCGAAGCUUGGGCUGCCUACUGGUCUCCAAUCUUCCAAUCCUUGACGAUGCAAUGUACCAAUCCUUGUCGGGAUAUCCGGCACCAAGCCAUUUCGACCCUUCAACGCUCUCUUGUGUCCUUGGAGUUUGCAUCUGAAAAUGAUGACAAAUGGACUUCGAUAUUUGAUGAAGUCCUGUUCCCCCUCAUCUUACGUCUACUGAAGCCUGAAGUAUACCACUCGGAUCCCAUAGGAAUGAGCGAGACUCGUGUUCAAGCUGCCACACUCGUCUGCAAGAUAUUCCUACGAUAUCUAGAUCAGCUAUCCAGUUCUGGUGGCAUGCUUGACCUAUGGUUGAAGAUACUAGACAUACUAGAUCGGAUGAUGAAUAGUGGCCAAGGGGAUGCUUUGGAGGAAGCGAUUCCUGAAAGUAUCAAGAAUAUACUUCUAGUAAUGGCGGACAGUGGCUAUCUCACGCCACCACCUACCAGCAAUGCCAACAAACAGAAGAUUUGGACAGAAACCAAGAAGCGUCUUGACCGUUUCCUUCCCAACCUGUUCAGUGAUUUAUUCCCGGUCCCCGAAUCUCAGAAAGAUGUGCCUACCGCCUCCACUCAAGACAACGAAGAGAAGGCUGAAAACCCGACAAAUCCCGCCGAGCUGAAUGAAAAGCAGCAGGAACAGUCAUCACCAUCACCAAGCCCAGCUGACGUAGAUUGA